AUGUCUUCCACCCCCGACAUGCCGUCUACCAAAGGUGGCCAAGUACCUACGACAUGUCCAGACCCGGCUACCAGACAGCAGCCCACCAACUUAUCUAGCUCUCUCGGCAACAGCCUAUCGGUGUCAGAGAACCCGAAGAAUAAGAAGCGCAAGUCUAUGGUUGAUGACGAAGAAGAAACAGAAGUCAUAAGCGAAGACGAAAGCCCAAUGAAGCGCAACAAGAACUGUCUUCAGACUGGCCUUGUCUCUGAAUCUACGCCAGCUAGCAACGAUCUGAGCGAGAUCGCAAGGAACGGCGUGCGCCGGGCGUUUAUAGAGGGAUGCCUACCAACGAUCCUCAUGAAUGGACCACGGAUAGUAAUUGACAACACCAACAGCGCCGCACCCGACGAUGGCCCGCAUGUGAGGCCUUUCUGGACAGCAACUUACUGCCUAACAGGCCAAACCUCCAUGCUUACGCCUGGCUCUCGCUGCGGAUUCGGCAUCGUCUAUCAGAGCCUUAACGGAAACGACAACGACAACGACAACACGUGGUGGCAAGAUUCCUUUGUCGACCGCUCUCCAGGACCCGCCUCAUCCGUUCAAGCCUCAAUUCUAGCGAUCCUGAACGCCCUCAGGAUCGCACUGGACCAGUGCGAACGCGCCUCCGAUCCGGACGAACCACGAUCGACCCGUUUGACCAUGCCAGAGACUAUAACAAUCUUCGCGGAAAGCGCGACAGCGCUCGCGCGCAUAGACGCGGCCUGGCACGACCCUUCCAUGCACUUUUUGGGGAGAGCUUCGUAUCUCAGGGGCCUAGUACAGACAAUCAGAUCGCUCGGUGCACUUGGUGUCAAGGUCCAGCUGUGUACGUCGCUCGGCACUCGAGAAGAUCCCCGGCAUCGAUGGGCUCGCAGGGCCGCGCGAAAGGCUCUUCAACCAGACUCGUGGACGGAAAGCGCUACGAAUGCGUCCGUGCAACGUGUAUGCCGCAGGAGUCGCAGAGCCGAGCGGUAG